AUCGAUGACAUCGAGGAUAAUUCAAACCUAAGGCGAGGUACACCGACGGCGCACCUAAUUUUCGGGGUCGGAUCGACCAUCAAUUGUGCCAAUUAUUGCUAUUUCUUGGCCCUCCAGAAGAUCAUUCAACACAUACCGGAGACAAACAGACUAAAUGCCAUUGAAUUGUUCACUAAUAAGUUGCUGGAUCUACACAGAGGACAGGGAAUGGAUAUACAUUGGAGGGAUUCGUUCAUAUGUCCGUCUGAAGAGGAAUACAUGAAUAUGAUUAACAAAACUGGAGGACUGUUCUCACUGGCCGUCCAAUUGAUGCAAAUAUUCAGUGAUAAUAAACAGGAUUUCAGUCCACUUGUGAUAGCUUUAAGUCAUUACUUCCAGAUUAAUGACGAUUACGAGAACCUAAAGUCAAAUAAGUACGCAAUGAAUAAAGGAUUUUGUGAGGAUUUAACUGAAGGAAAGUUUUCAUUCCCUAUAAUACACGCCAUUGAAAGUGAUCCCAACGACAGCACACUAUUGCAAAUCCUAAAACAGAGGACGAGUGACAACGAAGUGAAAGAAUUGGCGCUCAAGAAGAUGGAGAGUUUGGGAUCGUUUGAGUACACAAUGAAACGGUUGAAGCACUUGGAGUGCGUGAUCAGGGAUGAGGUCCGGGCGCUGGGAGACAAUAAAUACUUGUUAGGCUUGUUGGACAUGAUCAACAAAGUAUAA